AUGUUCUACAGUCAUGAGAUCCUUACUUCCCCUGAGCAUGGAGUCGCGACAAUCUGGCUCGUCGCAACACUCGGAUCGCGUUCUAUUACCAGACGAUUCAAUCGCAAAGCCAUUCUCGAGGUUGAUGUGCCUGGGGCAUGCAAUGUGAUCGUUAAUCCGGAGGCACCAAUGGCACUACGACUCCAGGGGAAUUUAUUGUUCGGCGUUUCAAGAGUCUAUCACGAGCAGUGCGGAUAUGCUCUUCUCGACGCACAAUCAAUGCAUGACAAAAUGAUCUCGACACUAAAGAUCUUACCUGGUGGAGGACUGGAUCCUUUUGCUGGCAAGGCGAAACCUAAUUCUCUUGUUUUACCAUACGACCCGACUUUCCUCCCCGAGACUAAUCUUCCAGGUCUCAACAUUGACUUCAAUAUUCUAGAUUUUAUGAAUGAUGAGGGCUCGAGCCAGUGGUCUAGUCUCUGGUCCAAGUCACCAGCCGGCAGUCACUCGAGCUCAUCUCGUGUCAGUGUUCACCUGGAUCUGGGCUCGGACGAUUUACUUCAGGAUGGAACAAUGACCGGUUUCAAUGAUAAUAGAAUGGAGUCUUCCCACAAGCAUGGGCUCUCUGGAACGAUGAGCAGAGACCGCUUAGGGGAUGAAGAGGGUGUCUUGCUUCAACCAGAUUUCGAGUUUGAUGAGAACGGGAAUAUCGUGGAGCUUGAUGCCACCAAUAUUUCGCCGAGAAAGAGACCGAAGCACAGCCUCCCAGAACAAGCGGGGAGUGAGGGCUUCACUGAUGGCCAAACCGGGGAACUGAUGGAUCUCACCGAGGAUGCGGCUUUGACCGGCGUGGAUGCGGCGGUGGAGAUCGAUACCCACGCGAGGGAGCAUGAGACUAUACUUUCUGUGGAGGGUGGUCCAAACCAAGACGGACCAGCUGAACAGGAAGAAAUUCGGUUUGUCGGGGAGCAACGAGCACGCCGCCAAUACAACCGGGUGAUCAGAUCCAUCGAAACUGACACCAACACAACUCUCCGCAACACGGACCUUGCACGAUGGAACAACGAGUAUAUCAUCAAUAUGGCCAAUGCAUCGAAGCAGAAACAACAGAACAGAGUGCAGACUACCGUGAAGAAGAACGCUGCAUUCUGGGUCUUCGGUCAAGGCAUUGGAUCUGUGGGCAUGGGAUUAGGCGCACAGCGCGAAGACCACCCGCUGAAAUGCUUCUCUGGCGAAGGUCUCGAGAACGCAUUGUACGGUGACAAACAGCGCCCAGCGGCCAAAAAAGACUCUCGCAAUCCCGAAGAAGAGAGCGACACAGAUACAGAAACCGACACCAUUGCAAACCAGCAACGCCGCAGUAACGAGAAAGGAAUGAACACCAUAGACAUUGAGAUAGGCCGUCACGCACCGCCUAGUCUAAUGGACGAGCACUCCUCUCAAAUGCCAUGGAACCUAAACUCCGCCCAAAGUUCCCGAAUCGGCCGCCUAGGAAGUCUAAGCGAACUCUCUUCCAAAUUCCCCAUCGGAGAAUCAAGUCUACGACCUGGACGCCGAGGCCGCUUGACAAGCGCCAGUCCACUCUCAGGACGAGGCUACCGCGAGCGACUCGAAAGUCUAUCUCUACAAGGCGAAGAUGGCCUCGAAGGAUUCGACGAAGAUCUUGAAAUUUCCCGAUACCUUGAAGCCGAGCUUGCAACGGACAAGGAAGACAUCACGACGCUAUCACGGCGGGCAUCUGCUAUCCAGCGUAUCGCGUCGCAGCUCGAUCAGGAGAGCAUUAAUUUCUUCGAUUUCAUCCAAGAUACGAUGGAUGAGGAUGGGCAGGGUGAAAUGGCAUUUGCGGAUCUUCUUCCGCCUGGGAAGACUUCGCGGACUGUGGCUACGCAGGGAUUGAUGAAUGUGCUCACACUUGCUACUAAAGGAGUGUUGAGUGUUUCGCAGGAGCCGUAUCGUGAUACUGGGGCUGAGAAUUGGGGAACGAGAUAUGAUUAUGGGGAGAUAUUUAUGCGUAUGGUGUGA